CAAAAAUUCCGGGUAACUAAAACAGGCACGCCAACUCAUACCUAAGCUUUCAAACACACAUUAAUUUACGCCUGAAGAUAUUCCUUUUGCAGUGUCUUGAACAAGGCAGCGACCUGCGACAACGCUCACAAUGACAGAGCCGGCGCCCGUGCCUGCGAUCUCUCCACCACCCAACCCGCCUACCGAUCGCCCUCUUCACACACUCCCGCCGCCUUUCUCACAAGAUGCGCUCACACCAAUAACGCAAGGCGCCGAAGCUCUCAUCUACAAAACCACGUUCCUCACACCCUCAACGCCCGCUAUUGUGAAGUACCGACCGCCCAAGCCGUACAGACACCCUACCCUCGACAAGCGCCUCACGAAGUCGCGUCUGCUCGCUGAAGCUAGAAGCCUGGUGCGCGUGAAGCGUGAGGGCGUGAAUGUACCUGGCGUGCUAGGCUGCGACGCGGAUGCGGGGUGGCUCGUGCUGGAAUACGUCAACGGGCGAACUAUACGGCGCGUGCUAGACUCGUGGGCUCAGGAGGUCAAGGCAGAGGAGAAUCGAGUCUUCACAGAGGGCGGAGAGACUGGGAAAUUGGCGCGCGCGGAAUGUAGUGGGAGUGAAGAGAUCCUGGACCUCAUGAGGCGGGUUGGGCAAGAGGUCGGCAAGCUGCACGAGCUGGGUGUCUGCCAUGGAGACCUGACAACGAGCAAUCUGAUGCUGAGGGAGCCAGAUGAGGAUAAUAGCAAGAAACCGCACCCGGCGGGGAGGACGACAACGAGUGCUAUGCGUGAAGCAGCGAUGAACGGCGAGGAGCCUCCGCCGCUGGAAGUACCUCAGAAAGAGCCCGCCACUGCUACGCACCAGUCGUUGGCUGGCGAGAUCUACCUCAUCGAUUUUGGCCUGACCUCCUCGACGAUCCAGGACGAGGACCGCGCUGUCGAUCUAUACGUGCUCGAACGCGCCUUCUCGGCCACACAUCCUGCGGCCGAGCAUCUGUUCCACGAGGUGCUGGAGGCGUAUGGGAAGAACUACAAGGGCGCUAAGAGUGUGCUGAAGAGGUUGGAAGGUGUGAGGCUGAGGGGUCGCAAGAGGAGCAUGCUGGGCUAGCAAGAUUAUCGAAGACUCAAUACCCACCUACUCAUACGACCUGUUACUUGCGAACAUCACCAAGUGCUAUGGUUGUCAGACAGCAUUGCCCGUGAAUUGCUGUCUGAUCGGCUCGUCUUCACCUCCGUGCGGUCAAGAUAUUACUCCCUUUGCCGUCGCUUUCACUUAGUUGCCUCAGCUUACCCAAAGAACAAUAGUAAGAGCAGCAGAGACAAUUGUACCAGAUGACAAUGGCAAGAUGCAACAAUAUCAAGCAAGGCUGCUGUAGGUAUCAAGCUCGAUAUAAGUUAUCGCAAUCCGCAUUCUAAUUCUUCC